AUGAAGGGCCGGGCGCCUUCCUACGCAUCGUCGUACCAGAAGACGCGGUACUACGCCCAGCCGUACCAGUUUGCGUGCGCCGCCAACGACCAUUACAGCGGCUCAGUGUUCUCCCAAAACGAGCACAGCGGCACCAAAGUUGUACAGCGCUACUACUCGGUUAACUUGCCCGGCGGCCGGGUCCAGCACGUGAACUAUACUGCUGACAACCAGGGCUACGGCGGCUACAACGCCGAGGGCCGGGCGCCUUCCUACGCAUCGUCGUACCAGAAGACGCGGUACUACGCCCAGCCGUACCAGUUUGCGUGCGCCGCCAACGACCAUUACAGCGGCUCAGUGUUCUCCCAAAACGAGCACAGCGGCACCAAAGUUGUACAGCGCUACUACUCGGUUAACCUGCCCGACGGCCGGGUCCAGCACGUGAACUAUUCUGCUGACAACCAGGGCUACGGCGGCUACAACGCCGAGGUUCCCAGUACCCAGGGUGGCCAGGCGUCUUGGUCGAGGAACCUGUCGAUCGCCCCUUCCGGAGAUGAGUACGAUGAAAAGGAUGAUCCGCAGCUGGUAGAGAACAAUAUGGUAUCGGAAGUUGAUGCACAGGUGAUAUACGCACUGUUCGAUGAGUACAGUGGGCAGCUCGAGGUGCUGGGGAAGGUAAUCGCCGCGCCAUACAUCAAGGACCAUGUCGAUGAGACGGAGACGCUGCGUCAAAGAUUUCGGAGGCAGGAGGACGAGCCCCUCAAAAUACGCGGCACACAUGGCGAGAACAUGGUGCCAGCCAGCCCUCAUCUGAUGAAAAUACAGGCCGAUAGGGCCUACCUCAGCAAGGCGAUCGAGCGCGUGAUGAAGGCGUUGCGCCGAGAGAGCUCGCACCUGCCCCUCCUGGAGACGGUGGAAGCCGAGGGCGCCCGCAGACAGGAGUUCGUGGUCAUCGAGGAAGAUGCCAUCGCGAACUCCAAGAGCAUUACCGCGCUGCAGGAAGAGAUAAGAGAGUUGAAAGUAUCCAUGACAAAGGAGAUAACGGAUCGCGACAACCGAAUAUAUGAGCUGCGGGACGAGCUGCAGGAGGUGCUCGCCCGCACCGGCAUGGAGGUGCGCUACACGGCGGCAUCGUCGCGGGCGCGGCUCGCCUCGAACGAGGGUCAGACAGAGCAGAAGCGCUUGCUGAAACGCAACCAGGCUGAAGGCGCGCGCGUGGAGUGCGACUACGAGACGAGGGUCAACACCGAAAUUGAGAGCCACCUGCGGGACGCCCUGGAUGAGCUGGACGAUAUGCUUGACAAGAGGCUGACCAAGUUUGACGUCGACACCGACACCAAGGAACGUGAGCUUAGCAGCCUCAAAUAUCAAAAACAGCAAAACUUCCAGGCGCUGUGUGACGUGAAGGAUAAAUACGCAAACUACACGCGAGUUAUCGCCGAGGACGACGAGGAGCUGCGGCUGGAGGAGGAGCGGAUCAAGGAAGAGGAGCGUAGGGAGGCCGCAGCCAUCGUCAUCCAAUCCUACUGGAAGGGUUAUAAGGAGCGAAAAAAGCUAAAAAAGAAGCUCAGGAAGUUGAGACGGGCAGCAAAGAAGGCCAAAAAGGCUGGGAAAGGUGCGGCAGCGAGCCCAAAACCCAAGAACAAAAACAAGAAGAAAAAGUAAUCGGUCAUGGUCUGCUUGU